AUGCUUAAUAUCUUUAGUUUGAUCUGUAUCUGUCUUAAUUCUGCCUUUCAUUCGAGUAGUUUUUUCUUUGCCAAAUUGCCCGAGGCUUACGCUAUUUUCAAUCCAAUCGUAGAUGUUAUGCCAGUCAUACCUGUGCUCUUUUUUCUCUUAGCCCUUGUUUGGCAAGCUGCUGUAAGUUUUCGAUGA